AUGGCGCAGAUGGUGCAAAUGUCCCAAGCAGUUCAGCCUCACCGACCUCUCCCUCAGCCCCUGCAGAUCUCGUUUGAACGUUUUCGUGCCACCCUCGGUGUUGACGAGCAAGCGCAGUUUCAACACACACAGUUCGAAGACGUUGUUUCCGAGGUUCAACGGCUGGAACGGAAGCAGGCGGCUUCCAGUCGCACCCGCAAGAUCCAGUCCCGGAUUGGACCCUUCCUGGACUUUCUCGAGCGGUAUGGGCGAGCCCUGGACUCGGCGACGCAGGCGCGACCUGUACCAUUCUCCCUCGUGUGGGGGUUGGUGAGAGCAGUGUUGGUGGUUUCUUCAGCCCAUUCCCAGUAUCUGGAGAGGUUGAUCCAUGCAAUCGAAGAUAUCAGCGAUAAAGUCUCACUCUAUGCCGAGUACGAGAAGCUUCUCAAGGGCCAUGUUCGUUUCCAGGCCGCACUGGCAGAGGUAUACUAUGAUACCCUGGUGUUUCUGCAUAAAGCAAAGACGGUAUUUUCCAAGCGCGGCCUCAGCUUGCUUUGGAGAAACGUCUGGCGAACGUUCGACCUUGAUUUCCGUGACACUCUCAGAGCUCUUUCUCGACACACGCUCAUUUUAGAUAACGAGAUCGCGCUAUCGAACGACACCAAAGUUGUUGACCUCUGGAAAGGGUAUCCGGAGGCGCGGCAGAACAUUUCGAGGUGGCUGUCUCCAGCCGAUGCACAAGAUGACUUCCUCAGAGAAUCGAAUCGGCGCAUCUCGUCGUGCGGCCAAUGGCUCCUUGAUCACCAUCUCUUCCGAGAGUGGUGCCAAUCCAUCGACAACCGCAUCUUGUGGAUUGUCGGACCACCAGGCUCGGGUAAGACGGUCCUAAGUACUUCCAUAAUCGAGCACAUCCAAACCUCUCGAAAUGCUCAUGAGCUCAAAGCUGUUGCCUUCUUUUACUGUUCCCAAAACUCUCAGCAGAAUCGGACCACCAUCUCCAUCCUGGCCACCUUGAUCGCACAAAUAAUAGCCCAGUUUGAAGACCUGCCAGAGGUGGUGCUCAAAUCCUACAACAGGUCGACAAAAUGCGCGAGGCCUCGACUUUCAAUGGCCGACCAACCUCUCCUCCUCAUCACGUCUCUCUGUGGCCUCCUAGAUGAAGUCUAUAUCUUGAUAGAUGGGUUAGACGAGGCCGAGAGCCCGGACGAGGUCCUGCGGGACAUCCUCGCACUCACCGGGUCUACAGUGACUAUUCGCACCUUGAUAUUGAGCAGAGACUUACCUCGAUUAACCAGGCAACUUGGUUCUCAUCCACAUUCCAUCUUGAAAAUAAAGUCGAGAGACACAAGAGCUGACAUUGACAUGUUCGUCACAAGUCAAUUGUCCAAGCUCGACUUUGUUGAUACAGAAUUGCGUGACAAAAUGUUUGCUAAACUCUCCCAAGGAGCAGAUGGCAUGUUCCUCUGGGCCAGCCUUCUUUUACAGUCUUUGACGUCGGCGACGAGCACCUACGAUGCGAUGGAUAUAAUCUCCAACCACCCGGUGGGCUUGAGUCUGACCUACAACGCCAUCUUGGAACGAUUCAAAACAAGGUCCCGCCAAAGUCAGAGGCUCACCAAGAGAUUCUUGACCUGGAUGUGUUGCGCCGCCCGCCCAGUCGGUUGGAAUGAGUUGACAGCAGCCUUGGCUGUUGGCAGGAUCGAAGAGAUACCCUUUAAAGAGGCGAUGCUGGAAAUUUGCAGUCCUCUGGUUGAAUACCUCCCAGACCAGGAUAUCUUCAGAUUUGUCCACAUUUCCGUUCGGGAAUUUCUGUUGGAUGUGACCGAAAAUCAUUCUGCGCAAGAAAGUGACGACGGAUCGAGCUUGCCCUUUCGAGAGGCAGAUGGCCACUCUCAUAUUGCAAAUGUAUGUCUCAGGUACCUUCUCCAGGCUGCCGAGAUGGAGACCAACCUCGCAACCGACGUCUUAUUCCCGUUAUCUGAAUACGCCAUGUCCUUCUGGGCGUACCACCUGGUACGAUCCAGAUAUGAACCCGAGCUCGAUGAGAUGAUGCACAGCUACUUGGCAUGCCGUCGACGACGCUUGAGCUGGAUCGAGCGGCAACUAUUUGGUGAAGCAUCAGUCUUCCCUUUGCAACACCUGGUCAAACUCCAAAAACAGCUCUGCAAAUGGGCAUCCGCGGGGCAGCGGGAGCGCGAUGAUCGCCUGGAUUGGAUUCGAGAUGUCGAGCAGAUCUUGUUGGAUGUAGAGAACGUCGAAGAACAGCAAGAUUUCGGCUCAGAGACAGACAGCACCGGCAGAGCCAAGGUAACGUACUUUGAAAAGCUGAUGGUCAUCAGAGACCUCUCCCGAGAAUAUACCAUGAGCAACAGGCUCGAUCAAGGUGAGAGAUGGAUGACCGAGGCUCUGCGGAGGAAACAGGAAUCUCCCCAGCAGGACGAGCUGUCGACGGUUUGGUUGUUGAACAGCUUGGGAAUUAUAUACGACCAACAGCAGAAAGUCGAGCUGGCAGCUUCCACGCAAGAGAAGGCACUCGCGAUCCAGGAGAAGCAUCUGGGAACUAGCCAUCCGGAAACAAUCUGGACGGUCAACGAGCUGGGCCGUAUGUAUAGACACUUGAAGCGCACUCCAGACUCCAUCUCGAUGCAUCUGCGAGCACUUGCCGUCUUGGAGACGUCUGGAGACGAUUUACAAGUGGCUUGGACCUUGAACACACUGGCACGAGCAUAUCGACAACUGGGGGACCCCGUGACUGCAAUAUCACGCCACAGAGAGGCCAUUGCCAUUCAGGAGAAGCUCCUCGGUGCCGACCAUCCUCACGUCCUCUGGGCCACGGCUGAUAUAGGCCGAUGCUACCGCGACCAAGGAAGAUUUGUCGAAAGUGCACAGCACCACCGUAUUUGCCUUGAGGGACGGGAAAGAGUCCUGGGCAUGGACCACCACGAUACCCUUUGGGCAAUCAAUGACCUGGCCUUUGUCGUGGAGGAAUUUGACAAAGUUGAAGCCAGGAAACUGCACCAGCAGGCAUUAGCUGGCCAGACUCUUCUUCUCGGCGUCUCCCACCGUGACACCGUCUGGACUAGAGCGCAGAUCGAGAAGCUUGAGGCUCAGAUGGGUAGGAUGGAAGCAGGAUAA